AUGAAUACCACCAGUUUAUGCGAGAAUAUCUCUUCCUCGGCCAUAUGCGACGAAUACAAUUCCCAGACUUACUACCUGCCGCACCACCCCGUUUUCAAGGAAGCAAGUACCACAACCAAAAUUCGAGUCGUGUUUGAUGGAUCGGCGAAAACUUCUUCCGGCUUCUCUCUGUACGAAGCUCUCUGUGUCGGUCCCGUGGUGCAGGACGAUCUAUUGACCAUUAUUUUGCGCUUCCGAACCUAUCCGAUUGCGCUCGUCGGUGAUAUUGCGAAAAUGUACCGGCAAGUACUUAUUCACCCAGACGAUUCUGCGCUUCAACGUAUUCUUUGGCGAUUUUCUGAUCAAACACCAGUCCAGACAUAUGAACUACUCACUGUUACGUAUGGUCUCGGUCCGUCUUCAUACCUAGCAACUCGUACACUUCAGCAACUGACCGAAGACGAUGGGAUUUCUUACGCGUUGGCAGGAGCUGCUAUUAAAAAAUGUUUUUACGUAGACGACUUCAUAGGUGGAGCUCAAACCAUCGAAGAAACAAUCCGUCUACGCACCGAACUGAGCGACUUGUUGCACAAAGGAGGAUUUACACUACGAAAAUGGAUUUCUAAUCAGCUCGAAGUUUUGCAAGGUCUUCCCAAUGAUGGAAUUGGUACUCAAUCUGCUUUACAUUUCAGCCCUAACAAGACAAUUAAAGCCCUUGGUAUUAGCUGGGAGCCUGAAACCGAUCACCUUCGUUUCGACUCUCAAAUUCGAUGUAGUAAUGAACCGCCAACCAAGCGUACUAUUCUUUCGGAUAUAUCAAAACUAUUUGACCCUUUAGGACUAAUUGCCCCCGUUGUAGUUCGAGCAAAAAUACUGAUGCAGGAGUUGUGGCUGCUAUCGUGCGGAUGGGACGAUCCUGUUCCAGAACCUAUUAAAACCAAAUGGGAUUCGCAUUCGCAGAUGCAUCCAUAUCUGCAUACGGUGCCUGCACAUACGUCCGCUGUGAAACCGCCCAUCUCGCCCGAAGUUAUUGUAGGCCGUACACUCACCGUAAAUGAGCUUGCCAAGUCCAAAACGUUCCUCAUUCGGUUGGCGCAGAAUGAUGAAAUUGUCGCAGAAAUCAACCAGUUGGAUAAAAAUAAAUCGGUAUCGAAACGUUCCCAUAUUCGCCAAAUGACGCCGUUCUUAGAUGCAGAGAGAGUGUUGAGAGUAGGAGGUCGUUUAAACUUCGCACAGCUACCAUAUCAAGCAAAGCACCCGGCUUUGAUUCCAACAAACCAUCCGUUCACACGACUGAUAGUUGAGGAUUUCCAUCGCAAAUUACUACACGGCGGCGGACGUCUGCUAUUAACAGCAAUCCGAGAAGAAUUCUGGCCACUCAACGGUCGAAGACUAGUCCGCAACGUAGUCAGAAAUUGUUUCCGUUGUACUCGCCUCAAUCCGGUACCUGCGCAGCAACAAAUAGGCCAACUGCCUGUAUCGAGAGUUAUUCCCAGUCGUCCCUUCAGUGUUACAGGUGUUGAUUAUGCCGGUCCACUCUACCUUCGUCCUAUUCACAAACGUGUCGCUCCCGCCAAGGCCUACCUGUGCGUAUUUGUGUGUUUUUCCACCAAAUCAGUUCACUUAGAGCUAGUGAGCGAUUUGUCUACUCAGGCCUUUUUAUGUUCAUUGCGAAGAUUCAUCGCGCGACGCGGUCGACCCGCACACAUUCAUUCCGAUAAUGGGAAAAAUUUUGAAGGGGCUAAAAACGAUCUCACCGAACUGUUUACGAUGCUUAAAGACCGUUCUCAGCAGGACGAAAUCGCAGCCUUUUGCACAGAAGAAGGCAUGACCUGGCAUUUAACACCGCCGAAAGCACCGCACUUUGGUGGCAGCCGAUAA